AUGUUGCCAACUCUAUGGCCGGUCUUGAUAUCGGUUUCUGACAUGCUUUUGGUGUUGCGCCAUCUGAUUAGACAAGUUGCCAUCGCGUAUCGAAUCCUCAGUACUCGAUCAAUAAGGAAUUUGCAAGCCAGUCGUAUCAGAACUGCACUUAUCAUCUUUGUGGAGUCUGCCGUCAUCUACUCUGCUUCUGUUCUCGCCUUGGUGGUUGUCUAUGAGCUGAGCAACAACGCCCACUAUAUCCUGCUCGAUCUGACGACCUCAAUCAUUGGCGUCACAUUCACCCUUGUAACUCUUCGCCUGGCACUGGCCUCGCCAUCCAGCGGCCACUCAGAUGCCGGGAAUGUGAACUCCGAUCCCGCCCAGAGCCGGGCUAACAGCAGACGGCACAACUCCAGCUACACGUACCCGCUGACUACAGUGUCGAUUUCGCGAUUUGUGGAGGUCAGCCGGGAACGUGGGCAAUAUGAGCAGGAUGUCUCCUCGGAGGCCGACUCGUUACCGGAGACUCCGAUUGGGAAGGAAGACAUCGGGUCGGUGCUGCCCAAGGAGGCGCUAGACGUGUGA